AGCCGGCAGGGCGAGAGCGGGGGCCGCCGGGCGGCGGGGGCGGCGGUCGGGCGGCCAUGGCGGGGCAGCAGUUCCAGUACGACGACAGCGGCAAUACGUUCUUCUACUUCCUCACCAGCUUCGUGGGGCUCAUCGUCAUCCCCGCCACCUACUACCUGUGGCCCCGGGAUCAGCACGCCGAGCAAAUUCGAUUAAAGAAUAUAAGAAAUGUCUAUGGAAGGUGCUUGUGGUAUCGCUUGCGGCUUUUAAAACCACAACAAAACAUAAUUCCUACAGUAAAGAAAAUAAUCCUCCUUGCUGGAUGGGCAUUAUUUUUGUUUCUUGCAUACAAGGUUUCCAAAACGGACCGAGAGUAUCAAGAAUAUAACCCUUAUGAGGUUCUACAUUUGGAUCCUGGAGCAAGUAUAUCAGAAAUCAAGAAGCAGUACCGUGCAUUGUCACUAAAAUACCAUCCAGAUAAAGGAGGAGAUGAAGUUAUGUUCAUGAGGAUUGCUAAGGCAUAUGCAGCCUUGACUGAUGAAGAAUCAAGAAAAAAUUGGGAAGAAUUUGGGAAUCCAGAUGGACCACAAGCUACAAGCUUUGGUAUAGCUUUGCCAGCUUGGAUUGUGGAUCAGAAAAAUUCAAUUUUGGUUUUGCUUGUAUACGGGCUAGCAUUUAUGGUUAUUCUUCCAGUUGUUGUGGGUUCCUGGUGGUACCGAUCGAUACGAUAUAGCGGCGAUCAGAUUCUCAUCCGGACAACUCAAAUAUAUACGUACUUUGUCUAUAAAACACGGAACAUGGACAUGAAGCGGCUUAUCAUGGUUUUAGCAGGAGCAUCAGAGUUUGAUCCUCAGUACAAUAAAGACGCUACGAGCAGACCAGCAGACAACGUUCAGAUACCACAGCUAAUCAGAGAAAUUGGUGGCAUAAAUUUAAAGAAGAAUGAACCUCCACUUACCUGCCCUUACAGCCUGAAAGCCAGAGUUCUACUGUUGACUCAUCUUGCCAGGAUGAAAGUUCCUGACACCCUUGAAGAAGAUCAGCAGUUUAUCCUGAAGAAGAGUCCUGCACUACUUCAAGAAAUGAUUAAUGUGAUUUGCCAGCUAAUAAUAAUGGCUCGAAGCCGUGAAGAAAGGGAGUUCCGUGCUCCAUCUUUGGGAUCUUUGGAAAAUUGCAUGAAGCUUUCCCAGAUGAUUGUCCAAGGACUUCAGCAGUUCAAAUCUCCCCUACUGCAACUGCCUCACAUUGAAGAGGACAAUCUGAGGCGUGUCUCUAAUCAUAAAAAGUAUAAAAUCAAAAGUAUUCAGGAUUUGGUGAGUUUGAAAGGUUCUGAUCGUCGCAACUUACUGCAUUUCCUGGAGGAUAAGAAAUAUGAUGAAGUUAUGGCUGUCCUUGGUAGCUUUCCAUAUGUCACUAUGGAUAUAAAACCACAGGUUUUGGAUGAUGAAGACAGCAACAAUAUUACAGUAGGUUCUCUUGUCACUGUUCUGGUCACACUAACGAGGCAGACCAUGGCAGAAGUGUUUGAAAAGGAACAGUCUAUAUGUUCAGCGGAAGAGCAACCAGCAGAAGAUGGACAAGGAGAUAGCAACAAAGUUAAGAGCAAAGGAUGGCAACAAAAGAAUAAAGGAACCAAGAAAGCUUCAAAAUCAAAGAAAAAGAAGCCAUUGAAAAAGAAACCUGUGCCACCUUCAUUGCAGCCACCGAAACAGCAGAAACAAAAGCAAGCUAAUGGGGAAGUAGUUGUGAAGGAAGAAGAAGAGGAGAUCUCUGAUAAAGGAAGUGAAUCUGAAGAAGAAGAAACAAACAGGGACUCUCAAAGUGAGAAAGAUGAUGGAAGUGACAGGGAAUCUGACAGAGAACAGGAUGAGAAACAAAACAAAGACGAUGAAGCUGAGUGGCAAGAACUACAGCAAAGUAUACAGAGAAAAGAACGAGCCCUUCUUGAAACCAAGUCAAAGAUAACACAUCCUGUUUACAGUCUCUUUUUUCCUGAGGAAAAACAAGAGUGGUGGUGGCUAUAUAUUGCCGAUCGGAAGGAGCAGAUGCUAAUAUGUAUGCCAUAUCAUGUUUGUACACUAAAAGAUAAAGAAGAGGUGGAGCUGAAAUUCCCAGCACCGGGCAAGCCUGGAAACUACCAGUACACAGUUUAUUUAAGAUCAGAUUCGUAUAUGGGUUUGGACCAGAUUAAACCAUUGAAGCUGGAAGUUCAUGAAGCAAAACCAGUGCCAGAAAAUCAUCCUCAAUGGGAUACAGCAAUAGAAGGUGAUGAGGACCAGGAAGACAGCGAGGGCUUUGAAGACAGUUUCGAGGAAGAAGAGGAAGAGGAGGAAGAUGAUGAUUAAAACAAUACCGUUAAUUAACUACGAUAUCUGCACACACUGCAAACUCUUGGUCUGACUGUGGAACUGUACAAUAAACAAGAAACGCAGUACAGAAGCUUUGAGAAGGCUGAGUUUAAUUUUUCUUUACCAAUUAAGAGUGCAUUAUGUAUCUUCUCAGUGGAGGUGAAACAAAUCUGUUGCCAUUGAUACAACCUUGGAAUAUGCUUACGGCUCAUUAUAGCCUUCGAGUGCAGGAUGGUGCAUUUGUUUCAAUUGAAAAUAAAAGCUUUUUUAUUAUAAA